AUGCGUGCAGGCUUUGAAGGGGCAGCCGGGGUGGGAUGGGGAUGCGGGUGGCGAUCUCCAGGUGGUGGGUCCACCGAUCCUCCUGCAGGCGGCGGUGAGCUGCCACCUCGCCCCCCGCAUCCCUCCAGCGCCUGUCGCCUGCAGGCUUUCAUUGCACGCCGCUGCUGUCGAAAUCACGAUCGCCUUUAUUUUGCAAUUCUCUGCCAAAAACCAAAGAGUGGAGCUGCAAAUACCCAUUACUUCUGCGUAGAUGAUGAACUUGUAUAUGAGAACUUCUAUGCAGACUUUGGACCCCUUAAUCUGGCAAUGGUCUACCGAUACUGCUGCAAGCUAAAUAAGAAGUUAAAGUCAUUUUCAUUGAUAAGGAAGAAAAUAAUUCAUUAUACUGGAUUUGAUCAGAAAAAACAAGCAAAUGCUGCAUUCCUCAUAGGCUCCUACGCAAUAAUAUACCUGAGAGAAUCUCCAGAAGACGUGUAUAGGCUUAUAUUGGCUGGAAGCGUUUCGUAUCUUCCUUUCAGGGAUGCUUCCUUUGGUACUUGCAGUUUUCAUCUGACAUUGCUGGACUGUUUUCAUGCAAUAAACAAGGCUUUGCAGUAUGGUUUCCUGGAUUUCAAUACAUUUGAUGUAAAUGAAUAUGAGCAUUAUGAAAGAGCAGAAAAUGGAGAUUUUAACUGGAUAAUACCAAACAAAUUCAUUGCCUUCAGUGGACCUCAUUCAAGAAGUAAAAUUGAAAAUGGCUAUCCACAUCAUGCUCCAGAGGCUUACUUCCCAUACUUCAGGAAACAUAAGGUCACCACUGUAAUACGCCUCAACAAAAAACUGUAUGAUGCCAAACGAUUUACAGAUGCUGGAUUUGAGCAUUUUGACCUCUUCUUUGCUGAUGGAAGCACACCUAGUGAUACUAUAGUUAAAACAUUUCUAAAUAUUUGUGAAAAUGCUGAAGGUGUUAUAGCCGUUCAUUGCAAAGCUGGUCUUGGACGAACUGGUACACUUAUUGCCUGUUACAUCAUGAAGCAUUAUCGGAUGACAGCUGCUGAAGCUAUUGCCUGGAUUAGAAUAAAUAGACCUGGUUCAGUGAUUGGACCACAACAACACUUCCUGAUGGACAAACAGGCAGAACUUUGGACAGAAGGAGAUAUUUUCCAUGCAAAGUUGAAAGGAAACUGUAAAAUUACUGUAACAAGAAUUCUGUCAGGAGUAGAUGAUAUUUCAAUUAAUGACACAAGAAACAGGAGAACCAUCCAAAAGGACAUUGAACUGUACAGUGAUGAAGAUGAAACAAACUGUGUAACACAAGGGGAUAAGCUUCGUGCUCUGAAAAGUAGAAGGCAGGCAAAAGCUCCAACUGCAUCUCCACUAAGCAGCCAAUGUGUCCCAAGGACUAGAACAGUAUUGCGUUAA